UUGCCGUUAGUUAACCAUUCUACCGUUACGUUUUACAGGCGAGUUAGAUCCACCCUGGGUUGUCAAUUUCUGCAUCGAACUAACAAUAUGUGAGUCUUCCUCGCGCCCUCCCUCACUCCCUCCCUCGCUACCUUUCUCCCUUGCCCUUUCUCGCAAAAUCAGUAUCAGAUAAUCAUCAGCAGCUCAAACUAAUACAGAGGGAGCCACCCCAGCUAUGAUUGAAAUCUCAUUUCAUUUCCAAACUAAAGGGGUAAGUAUUGGAUCGAGUUCUUGAAUUGGUUGCGUUAAGGGAUGGCGUGGUUUAGCGGGAAGGUGUCCUUAGGGAACUUCCCGGAUCUUGCUGGUGCAGUGAAUAAGCUCAGCGAGAGCGUCAAGAAUAUCGAGAAGAAUUUUGAUAGCGCCCUUGGGUUGGAGGAGAAGUCCGAUUCUAGCAGCGAAGCUUCAGGACUAUGGCCUGUUAUGUCCUUUAUGGGACAAAAAGGUGAGGAUAGUAAUACCGAAUCUUCAGCAAAAACUGGAUCUCCUAAAAAAUUGUCAACAGUUGAGGAAAGUGGGACACAAAAUUCUGCCACUGAAAGACCUACAGUUGAAAGAGAAAAUCAAGUUCUCAAAAAUGAAAAAGAGGAUGAGAAUCUGGAGAUUGCAGUAAAAGAAGAUGAUGUGAUGUCAGACCCAGUCAAAUCUGAGCCUGAAUCACAAUCUGUACCUGUUGUACAUGAUGUUAAGAUGCUGGAUUCAAUUGACAAUCCACAGGAGAAGGAGAUCUUAGAAGUGGGGCCUGCUGAAAAUUCAGAGUCAGUGGAGGUCAAGACAGGAUCUGUUCGAGUUGAUCGGGAUGAGGAUGAUGCUGUCAUCCAUGAUGAGUCAUAUACAGUUGUUGAUAGGCAUGAGAGUAAAGAUGAACAUAAGAUGCAAACAGAGGAGGUUGUAGAAGAAGUUUCUCCUGUUCUGGCUGAAAUCUCAAAUGAUGUCCAAUCUGAGGCAUCAAGUGAUACUCAAGCUGGAGUAGCAAUUGAUCCAUCUGGUUCACUGGUCAGUGCUGAAGAGACAAAGAUGACUUGUGAAGUUUCUUUUCCUACUGCAGUUCUUUCAGAUGAAUCUCCUGAUAUGGUUCCUGAAAGAGUUUCUGAUGAAAAUGAUGUGAAUAUUAAGACAGUUGGAGAGGUCAGGCAAGUCAUUGAUGGUGAGAUUGAGACUAAAGAGCAACGCCUGAGCUCAGCAUCUAAUGUGUCUGAUUCCUUAGAUUCAGUGGUCGAACUAGAAAAGGUGAAGAUGGAGAUGAAAAUGAUGGAAACUGCAUUGCAAGGUGCUGCAAGGCAAGCUCAGGCAAAGGCUGAUGAGAUUGCAAAGUUGAUGAACGAAAAUGAGCACCUGAAAGCUGUGAUUGACGAUUUGAAGAGAAAAUCUAACGAUGCUGAAAUUGAGUCUUUAAGAGAGGAAUAUCAUCAAAGAGUUGCAACCCUUGAAAGAAAGGUUUAUGCUCUUACGAAGGAAAGGGAUGCACUCCGGAGAGAGCAGAAUAAGAAAAGUGAUGCAGCUGCACUUUUGAAGGAAAAAGAUGAAAUUAUCACUCAGGUUAUGGCUGAAGGUGAAGAGCUUUCAAAGAAGCAGGCUGCUCAAGAAUCUACAAUUAGGAAAUUAAGAGCUCAGAUUAGAGAGCUUGAAGAGGAGAAGAAAGGCUUGAUGACCAAACUUCAGGUGGAAGAGAAUAAAGUAGAGAGUAUCAAGAAGGACAAGACAGCUACAGAGAAGUUGCUGCAAGAGACAAUAGAAAAACACCAAGCAGAACUUGCAGGACAGAAAGAGUAUUAUACAAAUGCUUUGACUGCAGCUAAGGAGGCUGAAGCAUUGGCAGAGGCACGUGCCAAUAAUGAAGCCAGAACUGAAUUGGAGAGUCGUUUGAGAGAGGCCGGGGAGCGUGAGAAUAUGCUAGUUCAGGCACUUGAAGAAUUAAGACAAACUUUGAGUAGAAAGGAGCAGCAGGCUGUUUUUAGAGAAGACAUGCUUCGUAGGGACAUUGAAGACCUUCAAAAGCGUUAUCAAGCAAGUGAGCGCCGGUGUGAGGAAUUGGUUACUCAAGUACCUGAAUCUACAAGGCCUCUUCUAAGGCAGAUAGAAGCGAUGCAGGAAACAAUGGCCAGAAGGGCUGAAGCUUGGUCUGCUGUGGAGAGAUCUCUAAAUUCUCGACUCCAGGAAGCAGAGGCCAAAGCUGCAGCUGCUGAGGAAAGAGAGCGAUCUGUGAAUGAACGCUUGUCACAAACCUUAUCUCGAAUUAAUGUUCUGGAAGCUCAGAUUUCCUGUCUUAGAGCAGAGCAGACGCAGUUAAGUAAGUCCCUUGAAAAAGAGAGACAGAGAGCAGCUGAAAAUAGGCAGGAAUACCUUGCAGCCAAGGAGGAGGCUGACACUCAAGAAGGUCGUGUGAACCAACUAGAAGAAGAAAUUAAAGAACUCAGGCAGAAACACAAGCAAGAGUUACAAGAUGCCCUGAUUCACAGGGAGCUUCUACAGCAGGAAAUUGAGAGGGAAAAAGCUGCUCGAUUGGAUCUGGAAAAGACAGCUCGUAUGCAUUCUACUGCUGCAUCUGAUCAAACUCCCACAGCAAAGAGCAAUUCUGGUUUUGAGAAUGGAAACUUGAGCCGAAAGUUCUCAAGUGCUAGCAGCCUAGGCAGCAUGGAGGAGAGCUAUUUUCUGCAAGCAUCUUUGGACACAUCUGACAGUUUCUUUGAGAGAAGAAACCCUGCAGGGGCAACCAUGAGCCCAUACUACAUGAAGAGUAUGACACCUAGUGCUUUUGAAGCUGCUCUUCGUCAGAAAGAGGGCGAACUUGUAUCAUACAUGUCUCGUUUGACAUCUAUGGAAUCAAUCCGUGACUCUCUUGCAGAGGAGUUGGUCAAAAUGACAGCACAGUGUGAAAAGUUGCGGGCAGAGUCUGCCUUGUUGCCUGGCAUUCGAGCAGAACUAGAAGCAUUAAGGCGGAGGCACUCAGCUGCGCUGGAGUUAAUGGGUGAACGUGAUGAGGAGUUGGAGGAACUUCGUGCUGAUAUUGUAGACUUGAAAGAAAUGUAUAGAGAGCAAGUAAACUUGCUUGUGAAUAAGAUCCAAAUGAUGAGUUCAUCAGUGGGCAAUACCUAAUGAGUUGACUCUUGACAGAUUUUACCUACUAGUUGGGAAGUUCAUGGUAUAGUUUAUAGUACAUUCAGUAGAUCCAAUUGAUCAUUCAAGAGUUUUUCCUCCAUACUUGUGUGAAUUGAGUUGUUUGUUUAAGUGUUUUGACGGGAGAUAUUCAGAGUGCGUAAUGUAAUUUUGCUGUAUUUGUUGUAUAGAAAAAAUACAAACAAGAAAUUUGUUUUCCGGCAUGAAGAUGAUUCUUAAUUAUUUGAUUUACUUACAAUUAUAGACAUUCAUUA